GGUUUGUUGCUGGUCGGACAGAAAAGGGAGACGGUUUCAGGUAGCCGGUUGUUAUUUCUACAGUGCGGACGUGUCCAAAUCAGGAGAUUGAUAUAUUGAGAAGCACAACUUGUUUGUGAUAUUUGGAUUUGGGGAUUAAUUAAUAAAUAUGUCUACGGUUGAAGAACUAAAGCUUCGCGUUAGGGAAUUAGAAAACGAGUUGAUUAAAUGUAAACAGAGACGAAGUGCAGAGGGUGAUGCUACCGGUAAAGAGCCACAAGCCAGAGCCAGGAUUGAGAAGAUGAGCGCAGAAGUAGUGGACUCAAAUCCAUACAGUCGUCUCAUGGCUUUAAAACGAAUGGGCAUUGUUGAAGAUUAUGAGAAAAUACGCACCUUUGCUGUUGCCGUGGUUGGAGUCGGCGGAGUUGGAAGUGUGACUGCAGAAAUGCUCACAAGAUGUGGCAUUGGUAAGCUGCUGCUCUUUGACUAUGACAAGGUAGAACUGGCAAACAUGAACAGGCUUUUCUUCCAGCCCCAUCAAGCUGGGCUGAGCAAAGUGGAAGCAGCAGAACACACGCUGAGAAACAUCAAUCCAGAUGUGAAGUUUGAGAUUCAUAACUACAACAUCACCACAGUGGACAAUUUUGCACAUUUCAUGGCGCGAAUAAGUAAAGGGGGAAUGGAAGAAGGGAAACCUGUAGACCUUCUCCUGAGUUGUGUGGACAACUUCGAAGCUCGUAUGGCAAUCAACACAGCAUGUAAUGAGCUUGGCCAAGUCUGGAUGGAGUCUGGAGUCAGUGAGAAUGCCGUGUCGGGACACAUCCAGCUCAUGAUUCCUGGGGAAACAGCUUGCUUUGCCUGUGCUCCCCCUUUGGUGGUGGCUGCCAACAUAGAUGAGAAGACUCUGAAGAGAGAUGGAGUGUGUGCCGCCAGUCUCCCCACCACCAUGGGCGUAGUGGCUGGACUCCUUGUGCAGAACACACUGAAGUAUCUCUUGGGCUUUGGGACAGUCAGUUACUACUUGGGCUAUAAUGCCAUGCAGGAUUUCUUUCCCACAAUGGCUAUGAAGGCGAACCCCCAAUGUAGUGACAGUCACUGCAGAAAUCAGCAAGUGGAAUACAGUAAGAAAGAGGCAGAAAGACCCAAACAGGAAGUGGUGGUGGAAGAGGAGCAGGUGGUUCAUGAGGACAAUGAGUGGGGCAUAGAGCUGGUUUCAGAGGUCACAGAAGAGGAGUUGCAGGCUGCCUCCGGUCCCGUACCAGACUUGCCCGAAGGCAUCCAUGUGGCUUACUCUAUUCCAGAAAAGGUAGGCCUACAGUAG